GCGUGAUGACGACAGGCCGUCUGAGGGGCGCGUUGCGUGGGGCAGAGCCGCGCAGCAGCAGCAGCCUGCUUAUGUAAUGCCUCUUAUACCACCCCGCCACUCUCACCAGCUGCAAGGACUGACGAAUGGAGACAUUAAUGAUGAACAAACUGCAACAGACGAUGGUUUUGGGAUGAGAAGAUGCUAAAAAGUGGGAUGGUUGUGAUGGAGCGGAGGAGUUUUGCGUAAACGCGCGCGGCCGCGCAUCAGUGGCCUUCCCCUGAGGUGCGCCGGACGUCGGGCCCGCGCAGGAGCAGUUCUGCAUCCCCGUAAAGACGGUCUCCUCCAUCGGUGGGGAGAAACUGAUGCGGGGGUGUUCCGGAGUGAACACGAACGCAUCCUCUUUCCUCUGCGCGGGUUUGUUCCAGCAGCCUCCUAACUGAGACCCCAUCAGCGAUGGCGGGGCCGGAGCAGCAGCAGCAGGUGGAGGAGAAGGCAGAGCCCAUGGAUGAUGCUGAGAUGGCCCUGCAGGGCAUCAACAUGCUGCUCAACAACGGCUUCAAGGAGAGCGACGAGCUCUUCAGGAGAUACAGGACGCACAGCCCCCUGAUGAGCUUUGGAGCCAGUUUCGUCAGCUUCCUGAAUGCCAUGAUGACAUUUGAGGAGGAGAAGAUGCAGAUGGCCUGUGACGACCUGAAGACGACCGAGAAACUGUGUGAAAGCGACAGCGCUGGAGUCCUAGAGACAAUCAGAAACAAGAUCAAGAAGAGUAUGUACUCCCAGAGGUCAGGCAUUCUUGUUGUGGAUCGCCUACAGAGACAAAUUAUUGUUGCUGACUGCCAAGUGUACCUUGCUGUCCUGUCAUUCGUCAAACAGGAACUCUCAGCAUAUAUUAAAGGAGGGUGGAUUCUCCGUAAGGCUUGGAAGAUGUACAAUAAAUGCCACAGUGACAUCAGUCAGCUCCAGGAGACAUCUCAACAGAGGUCCUCUGGCACCCAGGAUUCUCUCACAGCCGACAACGCCAACCACAAUGCACCACUGGAGAAUGAAGUAACAGCUGAGGCCUUGGACCGUCUCAAGGGCUCCGUCAGUUUUGGUUAUGGCCUCUUCCACCUGUGCAUCUCUAUGGUGCCACCGCAUCUUCUCAAGAUUAUCAACCUGCUUGGUUUCCCUGGUGAUCGUCUCCAGGGGCUGUCCUCUCUUAUGUAUGCAAGUGAGAGCAAAGACAUGAAGGCACCAUUGGCAACGUUGGCCCUCUUGUGGUACCACACAGUGGUGCUGCCUUUCUUUGCACUGGAUGGAUCUGACACACACGAGGGGCUGUUGGAAGCCAAAGCUAUUCUGCAGAGAAAGUCAUUGGUUUAUCCCAACUCAUCUCUCUUCAUGUUCUUUGAGGGAAGAGUUCAAAGGCUGGAGUGCCACAUCAACAGUGCUUUGACCUGUUUCCAUGAUGCUUUAGAACUUGCAUCAGACCAAAGAGAGAUCCAGCAUGUUUGUCUCUAUGAGAUCGGUUGGUGUAGUAUGAUAGAGUUGAACUUUGAAGAUGGAUUCAGAGCAUUUGAAAGACUGAAGAAUGAGUCAAGGUGGUCACAGUGCUACUACGCCUACUUGACUGGCGUGUGUCAGGGAGCCUCUGGGGACCUGGACGGAGCAAAUGGAGUUUUCAAGGACGUGCAGAGGCUAUUCAAGAGGAAAAACAAUCAGAUAGAGCAGUUUGCUGUCAAAAGGGCUGACAGGCUGAGAAAAGUCUCACCCACCAGAGAGCUUUGCAUCCUUGGUAUAAUCGAAGUACUUUAUCUGUGGAAAGCACUUCCUAACUGCUCAUCAACAAAGCUGCAAAUAAUGAAUCAGGUGUUGCAGAGUCUGGAUGAGGUUUCGUGCAGAGGUCUGAAAAAUCUCCUUCUUGGUUCCAUUCACAAAUGCCAUGGAAACAUGAGGGAUGCUGUCCAGUCAUUCCAGUUGGCUGCUCGAGAUGAGUAUGGACGACACAUUAACUCGUAUGUUCAGCCUUAUGCCGUCUAUGAGCUGGGAUGUAUACUUCUUGCAAAACCAGAGACAAUGGGAAAAGGAAGAUCCUUCUUACUUCAAUCUAAGGAGGAUUUUACAGGCUACGAUUUCGAAAACCGGCUUCAUGUUCGCAUCCAUUCUGCCCUGGCUUCUCUGAAGGAAGUUGUGCCUCAGUGACUCCAGAGAGGACGCCGUUGCGUUGAUGGCUCAUAUUUGAAGAGUUGAAGCUGUUCACAGUCACUGUUUGUUGGCUUGGUAAACAAACUAAUGGUUGGUUUUCAUUCCUUUAAAACAUAGUGUACAUACUGUUUGUUGUUGCUUAUAGACUGAGCAGAAAAUUAACCAUACCGGAAAUCACCAAGUUCAUGAAACGAUGCUGACGCAUCUAGCUAGGCAGUAUUUCUAUCUGGGUUUUAUUGCUUCACAGUGCAAACCUGAAAACCCCACUGAUGCAGGAGAACCAUAGUAGUCAACAUCACAAAAAAUAACAACAUUUUUACACUUACACACACAAAAGGUGUUUUGCGUCAACACAAGCAUUCCCAAAAAUUGUUGGCUGAAAAUGUUAGAAACUAAAAGCUGAAAUAGAACCUAAACGUGAGAGGAGAAGCCCAACAGGAGAAUAUUUACUUUGUUCAGCUUUGGCAGAGAGCUGUACACAGUGUAUGUACUUAUGGAAACCACAAGCAGGUGUGAGCUUGAGCAAUGAAAGGAUCAGUGCUGAACAGAUGUUCACAAACACAAAAGACAGGUUAAACACCAGAACCGGAACUAAAUGAUCCUCAAAGAAAGCGCAAAUUUUUCUUUUAAAAAAAUUAGGAAAAUUGAACAAAUUCAAAAAAAGCCAUCAGAAUCAACUCACCAAUAAUCCUUCCAAUAUUCACAAGAUCUAACUUUAUACUUCGUAGGCAGUGUCAAGGGAUACAGAAUGAAAGGAAUUUCUUUUUAGGGAUCGGUGGAAACAGCAAAUCGAAUUCCCAUCAAGAAAUCCAGGAGAAUUAUUGCUCAGGAUCAUUUUUGAAAAUGACAAGCAAGUCUGAAGUGAUGGAUGCAAAACUAAACCGAUAGGAGGUGCCUGAAAUGUUUGCACUUUCAAACUUUAAAUAGAGCCUAGACAGACACAUUCCAAUAAAUCUCAUUCCCAUCUCUCCUGUGUUCCUCACUACCCUGUGUUUGUAGAGAACAUUGAUCCCCAUUGAUGUGUGUGAUUACAUGACCCACAUGACCCACAAACACCGCUACACCUUCAGUGGAAUUGUUAAGCACAUAAAGUUAUUCAAACAUACUUCCAGAAAUUGUAUUUAAAAAACAACUUAUAAGUAUGAGUAUCUUCAUGUACGAGCUAGUUUAGAACUUUUUCUCCAUCACAACAACAGGUGUGUCAACCUUAGCUUUAAUGUUUUCCUAUAAACAAAAGCUAUCAGAUUAAAAGGUCAGAAAACUAUCUCACACUUUUUUUUAAACUUUAAUUACAUCUCCUUAGGCCAGAAAAGUCAAGUUCCUGCAUGCUGGCUUAACAGAGAAUUUGUUUCAGUUCUUUGCUUCUUAGCAGCUCCAAAGGCAGACCAAUACCUGCAGCUGCUGGAUAUGCCUGCAGCUACGAGGCCUAUCCAGCAACUGCAGCCCUAUUCAGCAGAUGCAUGUCUAUCCAGCACCUGCAGGCCUAUCCAGCUGCAGGUCUAUCCAGCUGCAGGUCUAUCCAUGUGCAGGUCUAUCCAGCUGCAAGUCUAUCCAGCUGCAGGUCUAUCCAUGUGCAGGUCUAUCCAGCUGCAAGUCUAUCCAGCUGCAGGUCUAUCCAUGUGCAGGUCUAUCCAGCUGCAAGUCUAUCCAGCUGCAAGUCUAUCCAGCUGUAAGUCUAUCCAGCUGCAGGUCUAUCCAGCUGCAGGCCUAUCCAUCUGCAGUUCUAUCCAGCUGCAGGUCUAUCCAGCUGCAGGCCUAUCCAUCUGCAGUUCUAUCCAGCUGCAGGUUUAUCCAGCUGCAGGUCUAUCCAGCUGCAAGUCUAUCCAGCUGCAGGUCUAUCCAUGUGCAGGUCUAUCCAGCUGCAAGUCUAUCCAGCUGCAGACCUAUCCAUCUGCAGGUCUAUCCAGCUGCAGGUCUAUCCAGCUGCAAGUCUAUCCAGCUGCAAGUCUAUCCAGCUGUAAGUCUAUCCAGCUGCAGGUCUAUCCAGCUGCAGGCCUAUCCAUCUGCAGUUCUAUCCAGCUGCAGGUCUAUCCAGCUGCAGGUCUAUCCAUCUGCAGUUCUAUCCAGCUGCAGGUCUAUCCAGCUGCAGGUCUAUCCAGCUGUAGGGUAUAUCCAGCUGCAGGCCUAUCCAUCUGCAGCUCUAUCCAGCUGCAGGUCUAUCCAGCUGUAGGGUAUAUCCAGCUGCAGGUCUUUCCAGCUGCAGGUCUAUCCAGCUGCAGUUCUAUCCAGCUGCAGGUCUAUCCAGCUGCAGGUCUAUCCAGCUGUAGGGUAUAUCCAGCUGCAGGUCUUUCCAGCUGCAGGUCUAUCCAGCAGCUGCAGGUCGAUCCAGCAGCUGCAGGUCUAUCCAGCUGCAGGUCUAUCCAGCAGCUGCAGGUCUAUCCAGCUGUAGGGUAUAUCCAGCUGCAGGUCUAUCCAGCAGCUGCAGGUCUAUCCAGCUGCAGGUCUAUCCAGCAGCUGCAGGUCGAUCCAGCAGCUGCAGUUCGAUCCAGCAGCUGCAGGUCGAUCCAGCAGCUGCAGUUCGAUCCAGCAGCUGCAGGUCUAUCCAGCUGCAGGUCUAUCCAGCUGUAGGGUAUAUCCAGCUGCAGGUCUAUCCAGCAGCUGCAGGUCUAUCCAGCUGCAGGUCUAUCCAGCAGCUGCAGGUCUAUCCAGCUGUAGGGUAUAUCCAGCUGCAGGUCUAUCCAGCAGCUGCAGGUCUAUCCAGCUGCAGGUCUAUCCAGCUGCAGGUCUAUCCAGCUGUAGGGUAUAUCCAGCUGCAGGUCGAUCCAGCAGCUGCAGUUCGAUCCAGCAGCUGUAGGUCUAUCCAGCUGCAGGUCUAUCCAGCUGCAGGUCUAUCCAGCUGUAGGGUAUAUCCAGCUGCAGGUCUAUCCAGCAGCUGCAGGUCUAUCCAGCAGCUGCAGGUCUAUCCAGCAGCUGCAGGCUUAUACAUCUGCAGGUGUAUCCAUCUGCAGGUCUAUCCAUCUGCAGGUCUAUCCAGCAGCUGCAGGUCUAUCCAGCUGCAGGUCUAUCCAGCAGCUGCAGGCCUAUCCAUCUGCAGGUGUAUCCAUCUGCAGGUCUAUCCAGCUGCAAGUCUAUCCAGCUGCAGGUCUAUACAGCUGCAAGUCUAUCCAGCUGCAAGUCUAUCCAGCUGCAGGCUUAUCCAGCUGCAGGUCGAUCCAGCAGCUGCAGGUCUAUCCAGCUGCAGGUCUAUCCAGCUGCAGGCCUAUCCAUCUGCAGCUCUAUCCAGCUGCAGGUCUAUCCAGCUGCAGGUCUAUCCAGCUGCAGGCUUAUCCAGCAGCUUUGUGAAAACAGUCACUUUUAAAAGCAGCAAAAAAUGAAGGCAGUUUGGAUCUUCAAUGUAUGCAGGGAUGCAAAUAGUUUAACCUUUAUAGGUGAAGAAACUAGAACUAGAUGAACUAGAAAAUUCAAGUCUUACAGAGAAGCAAGCCGGUUGCCACUCACAUCCCAGUUCUUUUAUUUUUAUUUUAGUAUUAUAUAAAGUCAUUCAUCUGUCCCGACAAUGUCCAUUAUUUACAAUGCAUGGCAUGGCAGGGUAACAACGGCUCCACUAAAGUCUGGAAGAAGCCUUCAUGGAUUCACCUGAAGCUGCUAAAGCCAGUAUCCUCAGUACUGUACUGUUGCCUCCUGAAAGGUGCUGGCCCCGGUUAGCAUGCAUCAGACCUGGUUUGUGUUUUUGUGAGAUCAAAACCUUUAAAAAGUGACAAAUGACAGCAAGUGUUUACAGGCAUAACCACAGCUGCUGCAGUAUGAAGACCAGCCAGUAUUUACAUUUCAAAACAUUUUACAAACAUCAUUUUUAUGUCAACUGAGGAGCUCUGCAGACAGUUUCAAAUGAAGUCAUUUUUUUCAAUGAACACUGUUUUGUUCAGGUGAGCAAGGUAAUGAACUGGGUAGAAUAUGAAGAGGCUUCUAACAGCUGGUCAGCUGGCCUUUUCUUCUGACUUGUAAAUGACUUUUUCUUCAAGCAUCUGUUAAAACGAUCAUUUUCAGGACUUGUGACUGUGAUGGGUGUAAAAUGUUGUAAACACUGCUUUUUGUGCAGGGAAAGAUGUUUCAAAUACCUCUGUCAGUACAUUUUUCUCCCUUUGUAAAAUAUUUUGUUGAAACUUAAAUUAAUAAUUAGAACAAUGGCUUUUCAGUGUGUCACCAAAUGGAAAAAUAAAAAGUCCCUAUGACAAA